CGGCGCUCCGCCCCGGCGCUCGGCUCGCUGCCUCCGCCCCGCUCUCCGCAGGCGCCCUCCCCGUGCCGGGGGCUGCGAGUUGCGUUUGGUAAAAUCCAGCCCCGGAAUAUAUAGCUCCUUGGAGCGCAAUGAAGUAGCCCUCGGGGAGCAGGGAGCCGGGCCCGUCCGAAAGCCACAGCGGCCGGCGCGGCAGCGGCAGCGGCAGCGGCAGCGGCGGCACCACCACCACCACCACCAUCACCGCUCGAACCCCGGCCGCCUGGCCCGCGACGAGCAGGGGAGCCGAGGAGGAGGAGGAGCAGAGGCGCGCUGCCGGCGAGUGCACACGCAUCUCGGCACUUCCCGACCAACUCCGGGCGUCUUCCACACCCCUGCCCCGGGCUGGGGGCUCCGAGAGAGCCUCCGGGAAGCCUAACCAGCCCGGCCGAGUCUCCCCGCUGAGCCGUGCCCAGCCCUACCCUGCGCCUCUCGGGCUUGGUCCGUGCGGCGGCGGCGGCAGCGGCGGGGUCUCUGCUCCUGCGCCCCGGGCGCGCCUCCGGGACACCCCGGUGCCCGCAGCCAGGACAAAGCCAUGAAGCCGGCGCUGCUGGAAGUGAUGAGGAUGAACCGAAUUUGCCGGAUGGUGCUGGCCACUUGCUUGGGAUCCUUUAUCCUGGUCAUCUUCUAUUUCCAAAUCAUGCGGCGGAACGCCUUCGGCAUGGACAUUUGCUGCCGGAAGGGCUCCCGCAGUCCCCUGCAGGAACUCUACAACCCGAGCCAGCUGGAGCUCUCCAACCACCGCCAUGCUGCAUCAGAUUGAGGCGGGAUCCAAGUGACAGACACGUGCCGGGCCAACCGCGCCCUGAGACGCAAGCGGCGGGUGCUGACCCCCAACGACCUGAAGCACCUGGUGGUGGACGAGGACCACGAGCUCAUCUACUGCUACGUGCCCAAGGUGGCGUGCACCAACUGGAAGCGGCUCAUGAUGGUGCUCACCGGGCGGGGCAAGUACAGCGACCCCAUGGAGAUCCCCGCCAGCGAGGCCCACGUGGCCGCCAACCUCAAGACGCUGAACCAGUACAGCAUCCCGGAGAUCAACCACCGCUUGAAAAGCUACCUGAAGUUCCUGUUUGUGCGGGAGCCCUUCGAGAGGCUGGUGUCCGCCUACCGCAACAAGUUCACGCAGAAGUACAACACCUCCUUCCACAAGCGGUACGGCACCAAGAUCAUCAAGCGCCAACGCAAGAACGCCACCCAGGAGGCCCUGCGCAAAGGCGACGACGUCAAGUUCGAGGAGUUCGUGGCCUAUCUCAUCGACCCGCACACCCAGCGGGAGGAGCCCUUCAACGAGCACUGGCAGACCGUCUACUCCCUCUGCCACCCCUGCCACAUCCACUACGACCUCGUGGGCAAGUACGAGACACUGGAAGAGGACUCCAACUACGUGCUGCAGCUGGCGGGCGUGGGCAGCUACCUCAAGUUCCCCACCUACGCCAAGUCCACGAGAACUACUGACGAGAUGACCACAGAAUUCUUCCAGAACAUCAGCUCAGAGCACCAAACGCAGCUCUACGAGGUCUACAAACUUGACUUUUUAAUGUUCAAUUACUCAGUGCCAAGCUACCUGAAGUUGGAGUGACCCGGGGCGGGGAGAGGGGAGAGCAUCGGGGUUUUUUUAAUUUAAGAUUUUUAUUUGUCAAAAGAAGUCUAUGGAUCCUGGGUUAUUUUGUAAAUUAAUAUUUCUUGUGGGGGGGGGUGAUGCUGCGAGCAGCACAGUGAGAAUUAUUUAAACUCGUUCGUAGGGAGGACAGUGGUCUCCGCAGGGGGAGCAGGACAGCGCCCCCUUGUUGUAGACGUGAACACUGCAACGCUGUCGCAGAGGUUGCCUUGUGUUCUGGUGAAUUCCGUGAAUUGUGCAUUCCCUAAGUUCUAAUUAAUAUUAUUUAUAGUUAUUUAAACAUGGUCUCCGUAUAGAUUUCUUUGUGUGGCAGCAGACUCCUAACAUCUUUCCAGAAGCAGCCCAUCGCAAGCUUUGCUCGCUACAGCACAGUGGAGGGCGGGAACGUCUCACUAACCGCUCUCGGGAGUCACGCCAGCAGCCACUGUGCCGUGCACAGGUGCCAUCGUGCUGGACGUGCUUCCUGAGAUGAACAGGUUGCUGUCGCACUUAAAAAAAAAAAUAGAGGCAUCUGUGAUCUGUGCCAGGGACUCAG